AUGUUGUUCGCCAAGUCUGCUCUUGUCUUGUCCUUUUUGGCCCUCGGCAACAUUGCCGCCGCUGCAGUCCCUAGGGCUUGCCUUCUUGAGGUUAUCGGCAACGAGCCAAAGCCCAGUGAUUUCAAAGCCGUCUGUGUUGAUAAAGUGCAGACUAAAAUCGAGAGCGUGUGCAGCGAUGAUGACAAGAAGGACGCUCUGAAGCAGUUCGCUGACACCUGCUCCUCUGCUGGACACAAAAUCGUCGUCAACACCUCAACCUCCUCGACUGCCUCUUCCACCGGUACUUCCACCGCCGAUUCCAAGUCAAGCAGCUCCGGCUUUGUCACUGCUACCGCUACCAGCACUUCCGGCUCCGGCUCCAGUGCUGGAGUUAACCCUACCUCCGGCUCUGAUUCUGGCUCUAACUCUGGCUCCGGCUCCGGCUCUGCGACUUCUUCUGCCGGCGUACCUCUUCAUACCAAUGCUGGCUCGUCUGACAGACAUAUUCCCGCUGCUGCCUUUGCUGCGGUUGUCUUCGUCGGCUUCGCCGCUACGCUGUAA